UUAAAAAUGUUGUUGUCUGAACCCUUCUUGGUUCAGGUUGGUUGAGGAUAGAGUCGAGGAAACCUGGGUCAGCUCUUGUACUAAUAAUCAGGAUAAAACGAGCACAAUGAUCCCUGCUACAACAGCGGACCUGGAGCAACAGUGGGAACAAGAGAAUCUCCAGGUUCUCUUAGAUACAGUCACUCCAGACCCAACGUGGACCAUGCAACCUGAUAUCCCGGCCUAUGUUUAUGAGGACAAGGACAAGAAUAUGGAUGAGGACACGUUGUACGGAGAUGAUUGGAAUGUGGUGGUGAGCACAGACGGGUUGGAUACAAUUCAGAGAAUUCUCCGUACUGAAGAAACUACUGCGGCUGAUGAUACCAGUAUAAUCGCUGGAGAAUCCAGCUUAAAAUCAAACCCUGAGCAGGAAUCAAUCUCAGGAAGUCCACUAGUGCUACCAAGAACCAUCAGUUUUCUCUCACUCCUCCUUCUCCCCCUCCUAAUAUGAGUAUAGUUGACCACCCAGUAUCUAUAUAUAUGUAAGUAAUAUCUCUGUUUGUCUAUUUGACUGUCCGAUCAUAACUCUCGAAUCCCUUGACCGAUUUGCCCCAAACUUGUAUUGGUGAACUCGGUAGAGCAAGGAUUUUAUUAUAGAUUGGUUUUAUAAUUCAAAAUUCAAAAGGUGACUUUUAUUGAGAAAAUUUAGUUUCAAGGCAAAGCUAUGUGUUCCAAUUUAGUUUCAAGGCAAAGCUAUGUGUUUCCAAUUGCUUGUUGUUUACCAAAGCUCUGGUCAAUACAAUAAAGGGUAUCCAUAUAAAGUGUAUCCAUAUAAAAGUGAAAAAACUGCAUCAGAGGCGUAACAAAAAGAUUCUAAAUUAUAGAAUUUCAUUACAUUUUUUAAAAACACAAACUCUCCUGCCUUUUUUAAAAAUUCAAUCUUGUUUAGGUCUAAAUUCAUCAUUAUUUAAACUUAUGGAGUUUUAUUAUCAUGCUCUUAGCGCAUGUCUGCCGACAAAACAGUAUAAAUAUAUAAAUAAGAAGAUAAACUUUUAUUUUUAAUAGGUCAAAUUGUGAUCAAAAGUUACAUAUUUAAUUUCAAAAUAGCAUUGGCAUCACUUUAGCAAUUGCUUGGCUAGCUUUAUUGAAUUUUGGCAAUUUCUUCGUAGAGCAUUGAUGUCAUUUUUUUAUAUAGAUCCUUUGUGAACAGUUCUUGUUUAAAUUUAUUGCUCGAACUAUGUAUGACAACGCCCAAUUGCGUAAUUUCAUGAAAUGUAAACAAAAUCCCAGUUUCAAACUUUAUAGUCAAUAAACCUUGAACAUGAGAA